AUGACGGUUCAGUGCAUCAAAUCCCGCACCACCACUCAGCUAGCACAGGCUACCGUUGUCGUUCAGGGUUUUAUUCAUUCCGUCCAGUUGAUGACGACGGGAGAGGAAAACGGGAGUGAGUCGGAGGAGGAAGAGUGCGCUAUGGCCAGCACUCUCAAACUUGAUAAGCUGUGGGACUUCGAUUCAUCGGGCCAGAUUACCAUGUCAUCAAUUAUAGAAGUAGACACCGAUGACAUCCCACUAGACACGCUAGAGGAUUCUUUUAUCGGCGGGAAAGUUGUCCAUUCUCCACCCAUACAAUCCUCCGUCGUUAAAAGCAGGAAAAGGAAAGGGUUGUCCGUGCCGAAAGAAAAGCCUGUCGCUCCUGUGCGAGCCAAAAAACUAAGAGAAGGUCGUAACUCGGCAAAGGCAUCCAACGAAGGAGAUCCACAGCCCAUUACUGCUGACAGGAUAGCAGAGCUUAUAGACGCCGCCAUGAAGACGGUCCAAUCGAAGAUGGUCGACACACUGGCCUCGUCGAUGAUGGCAAUGGAGAGUAGGCUGGAGCGGAGUCUGAAUGACAAGAUGUCUGCCAUGCUCGCCCCGACAGGUCGGGGCACCAGAGCCGACCAUGUUAUUGGGCACGUCCUCAUAGAUAUAGCCGCAGAGCAUGAGACAGACGGGACGACUGAAAAAUUAGAUGGGCGUAACAUGCAGACCGACGAUCAGACCGGCACUAAAGAACCAUAG